AUGCUGGCGGUGCCUGGCAAUGUGGUCGUGCCUCCUCAUUCUGCUGUUAUGCCAGGAAGCAGCUGUGAGUCUUUGGGGUAUGACAGCACUCUGGAGGAUGCACAGUGCCCAUACCCGCGAGCAAAGGAUGCUAAAGUACCAGCAGUGAACAAGGAGCCAGCCGAGAAGCCACCCAGCAUGCAUAGCCACGACAAAAGCCCCAAGAAGCUUGAGAAUGGCUUCGGCGGAACCUCCGAGUCCCACGAGAAGGAUAGCCCAGGAGGAAGCUCCGAGCCAACCGAGAAGGACAGCCCAGGAAAUACCGUCCAGGAGCCACCCGAAAUGCAUAGCCAGGACAAAAGCCCCAAGAAGCUUGCACCUGCUAUGAAGCCACCUUCCUCGCAUGGCAAGCCCAAGCAUGGCACCCCCCCCAAGGGACUUGGCACAGGUGGAUCCGGGAAAUCCUCCGAAUCCCCCAACGAUAGUCCUGCUCCUUCCUCCAGUACCCGUUCCUUGGAUAGCAAGCGAUCCAAGUCGCCUACGUACUGGCGGCAGUGUGGCUGCAAGGAGAACGGAUCUGAUGAGGGCGGCACCCUGUUCGACAUGGAUGUGCCACAUGUGGAUGGCAAUGCCGCCUCGAUCGCAAGCGCAGCCGGGAGCACGGCUGCAGCUUCCUCUGCGGCGCAAGCAGAGCAGCUGGAAUCGUUUUCGUCUUCGGCAUCGUUCAAGUUGCAGGAUCAACUGAAGGAAUGCCUGGCCGCCCUGAAAGACCUCUUUGCACAGCUCACUUCCAAGCAGUCAGGCAUUCAACGACCGGCUGCUCAAACUCUUCGCCGAGACUACGAAACGUCAAUGAAGAGUGGUGGUGGCUCCUCCAAGGAGAAGCCAAAGUCCGGCAAGAAGGACAAGAAGAAGGACAAGAAAAAGGACAAGAAGGACAAGCCAGCGAAACCCUCUAAAAGCAAGGGAAAGCCCAAGGCCGAGUCGAAACCUAAGAAGGCCAAGACUGACUAG